AUGCUGUCACUCCGCAGCAUCCUCACCCAGACCCUUCUCGCCGUGGCUGCCAUUGCGCCAUUCGCCCACGGCCAGUCUGUCGGGCCCGGCGUCGUCUCCGGCGACACCUUCACCCACGACCCCACGAUCGUCAAGAAGCCCGAUGGCUCGUACAUCAUGGCCUUCACGGCGGACAAUGUAGGCCUCAAGACAUCGACGGACCGCACAGCCUGGCACGACGUCGGUCCCGCCUUCCCCAACGGCGCCCCCUGGACGACCCACUACACAAAGGGCGACCGCAACCUCUGGGCCCCCGACAUCUCGUACCACAACGGCCAGUACUACCUGUACUACUCGGCCUCGAGCUUCGGCUCGUCCGUGUCCGCCAUCUUCCUCGCCACCAGCCCGACGGGCCAGCCAGGCUCGUGGACGAACCGAGGCCUCGUCAUCGAGUCCAACGGCAACAGCAACUACAACUGCAUCGACCCCAACCUCAUCGUCGACGCGCAGGGUCGCUGGUGGAUGACCUUUGGCUCCUUCUGGUCCGGCAUCAAGAUCGUCGCCCUCGACCCCAACACAGGCAUGCGCUCCGACAACAACCUCCGCUCCAUCGCCGCGCGCCCCGCCAACGGCGGCGAGCUCGAGGCCCCGUACAUCCACCGCCACGGCGACUACUACUACCUCUGGCUGUCCUUUGACCGCUGCUGCAACGGCGCCGCCAGCACGUACCGCACCAUGGUCGGGCGCUCGAGGAGCGUGACGGGACCCUUCGUCGACCGGAACGGGGUCGACAUGAUGAACGGCGGCGGCACCGAGAUCCUGAGGACCCACGGCAACAUCUACGGACCCGGCCACCCUGCUGUGUUCACCGACAAUGAUGCGGAUGUGCUGGUGUACCACUACUACCAGCCGAACGGUGAUGCGCAGAUCGGCCUCAACCUGAUGAGGUACGAGAACGGCUGGCCCGUUGUCUACUAG